CAGGCUCCCGUCGGCCUCGCGGGGCUGUUCUGGUCCCCGUUCCCCGUUCCCCGUUCCCCGUUCCCCGUUCCCCGUUCCCCGUUCCCCGCUGAUGGCGGCGUUCGUGCAGCGGAAGUCGCAGUGCCUGGCGCGGGCGGACGCCAGCAGGAAGGGCGGCCUGGACGAGGGCGCUGCCGCCGUCGUGCAGCUGCUGAACGGGCGGUCUCGGUUCUGCACCACCAGCUCCUGCUCGGGCCGCCUGGUCCUGGCGCAGGACGGCACCGCGGGCACGCAGAGCUGCGGGAUCCGGAAGACAAACUGCGCGUGGCUGCUGGUGACACACAAGAGGUGCGCGAAGGACGAUGUGAUGACAGCCCUAGAGAAAGCCACUGGUGAUGUUGUGCUCAAGUUUGAACCAUUUAUUCUUCACGUGCUAUGUCAAGAGCUGCAAGAUGCUCAGCUUCUGCAUUCAGUGGCUGUCAAUUCAGGAUUCAGGAACUCUGGUAUUACAGUUGGAAGAGGAGGAAAAAUCAUGAUGGCAGUCCGGAGCACUCACUGCUUGGAAGUUCCCUUGAGCCACAAGGGGAAAUUGAUGGUCUCUGAGGAAUACGUGGAAUUUCUGAUAGACGUUGCUAAUCGGAAGAUGGAAGAAAACACCUGGAGGAUUGACAGAUUCUACAAAUGCUUGGAGUUGGCCUUGGAAGCUCCCACCAGUGCAGACAACUCACCUGGGGAGACGGGGAAGAACCACAGCGUGUACACUCGCAGGAGAAAGAGGAAGACCAUUCAGGAACAAGAAGCACACACCUCCCCAAAGGACCACAGUGAAGAACAGGGGCCUGUGGAUGAUGCAGAAACCAAUCUUGGUAUUUUUGCUGAACUCAUGAUAUAGACUAAGGCAUUUGAAAGCAAAUGGCAAACUGAAAUCAUUGUAUGCUCUUUGUAAGAGAUGCAAACUGCUAUGUUCUAAGUAGUAACACCCUCGUGGACAUUUACUGGAAAGAAAGGUAAUUGUGAACAGGAUUAAUGCCACAGAAGCACAGAGAGCAAAACCUUAGAGUGCUGUGGGGUUUGUAACAGCACUGUUGAACUAACAAUCUCUUACUCUGUUGGUUAUCACAGAAAUAACCGGUUUGCUGCCACCUUUGGCCAUGUUCUCUGUGGAAGCAUUUCACUUCCAAGUCCUGGGUUUAGGUCAUCUGACAGAGCAGAGAAACUCUGAAAACUGGGUGGUUGUGCUUGAAGGCUUUUAAUCCCUGCAGGAGCCCUGCAGAACAGCAUGCACCAAUGCAGGUGGCCCUCUCAGAUCACACCAAGCCUCAUGUCAGUCAGCAGAAGAGCAGUGCGUGCAGUGAAGGUGAAGAGAGCAGAAGCUGUGUGCUGCUCUGUGCUGGCCAUGGUGGGUGCAUCCAGGAUCCUUCCUGAGCAGUGCACCGGGCAGCACAGUUGAUGCUAUUCUCCUGCCCCUCACUGCUUCAGGCCUCAGCCCCGCUGUGCUCGUGUUCUGCUUCCCUUGGCCAGCGGAUGUUAUUUGUCUUUGCUCCAUGUGCUGAGAGUUCCUGACCUCACUUACAUGGAUCCUACAUGGCCAGCACUCAGCUUCAGCUCCAGCCCUUGGGCAGAAAGUCAAGUGUUCAGUCGUGGGUUUUGGUACCACUGUGAAUCACUGACAUGCAAUGUUAGGUGUGAAACAGCGCGAUAGUCUGUGUUCCUGUAUGGGAACACUGGAAAAGGCACUCCCUACUCAUAGUGUGUUUUGGGGGGGGAAGUGGUGAGCUUGUAAACCUUAGAACAAGGAAUUCUGAGGCCAGCCUUGUGUGGUGGAGCGAUGGCUAACACUGCAGAGCAAGGCCCUGCCUGAAGGAAGUGGUCUCUGGUGCAGCAGUUCACAGGGAGAGAGAACUGUCGUUGUUUCCAUUACAUGAGCCCACAUCCUGGGGCAUUUUAACUCCUCUGUGAAAACGUGGCACAUGAGGUGGCAGGCAAAGGGAAAAGUAGUUGGGGGCUUUAAGAAGACUGGGCUGCGUGUCCAGUAGCACGCAUGCCAGAAACAAUAAACUUGAGCCUCUUGUG